AUUUACCCUUUGAGUAGGAACUUGGGUGACAAUAUAAAGCCCAAAGAGGAAUAGAUUAUCAUUAAAAAAAGCAGAAUAAUAAAACACACUGAUCAAUUGUUUUUUUUUUCAUCCUCUUCUUCCAAAAUACAUUUCUCAUUAUGUUAUGCUGUUUUCCUCUCUUUGUCAAACCCCAUUAUAAUAGGCCCAUUUGCCACUCCAUUGACCAAGCUGGCCAAGAGAAGAAAUCAAGAAGCUUUCAUUCAAGUAUUGGCUUUUCUUGCUGUGGUCUUAAUAAUUGGCCAAAACCAAUUAGAACUAGCAUUUCAACUAACCAAGAAAAGUUUCUUAAGCACGAAAACCCCAAAGACCAAAACUUUUGUGGUGAGUAUAUAUGUCCAUAUAUAAUGGUAUUCAUUUUAUAUUAUUAAGUCACCUUAAUUAUUACAUGUCAGAGCAGGUAAUCCACCUUAUAAUUUCACUAUUAUAAAACUAUAAAUUUCCAUGUAUUUGUCUCUUCUUGCUAUGGUAUUAAUAAUAGGCCUAAACCAAUGAGAACCAGCAUCCAAGAAAAGUUUCACAACCACCAAUAUCCCAAAGACCUCAACUUUUAUGAUUCUUCUCUAGCAAAGGAAAACCUUAAGCAUGAUGAAGAUGGUUUUAAAAUGACAAAGUCAAGAGCUUUGAAGAUUUACAGAGAGUUAAAGAAAGUUAAGGGAGGUAGAUCACUAUCAAGUUUCUUGAGGUCACUUUUUACAAAUGGGAAAAAAGCAAAGAUUUCCUCAAAUGAUGAUGAUGAUAUAAAAUUAAAAUCAACUUGCUUAAGAAAGAAUAUUAUUAUUAGUCCAUAUGGGCACAAGAAUUUGGACAUGGACAAACAAAAUGUUGAGGCUAUAAAAAGCAUUAAUAGAAAUUAUAUUCAUGAUCUAAAAUUUCACAAGAAUAUUGAAAUGUUUGAAGAAGAUGAAGAUGAAGAUGAGGGUGCAAGUUGUGCAAGUUCUGAUCUGUUUGAACUUGAUAUUUUUUCUCCUGUCUAUCAAACAACAAAUCUUACUACUAAUUAAUU